UGUAAUGAUACAUAACUCUACAUACUCCGUACACGCUCGAGACAGGCUUAAUUAUUAAUACCGAAUACAUUACGUCGUUUGCUCGUCACAAGAGCGAUCUACUCUGCGUAUUUAUUCCGGCCUGAAUAAAUAAUAUUAAAUACCAACAACACCUUUGGAAGCGGGCUUGCCAACCUCCUUCAAUCUCCAUCCCAUCCGCCAACUUCCAACCUCCUCCUGUUAUUUUUCGUCCACCCUCUGUCCUCUGUUUCAAUUUAGUAGCCUGUCCGCACGCACACCGCAUCCACCAUGUCUUUCCAAGAUCGUGCCCAGCACCAGAUCGCUCAGAUCGAUAAGGAGCUGUCCAAAUACCCCAUCCUGAACAACUUCGAAAGGCAGACCUCUGUUCCAAAGGUCUAUGCCUUCCUCGGACUCGUCGGCAUCUACUUUUUCCUGGUGUUCUUCAAUAUUGGCGGAGCUUUCCUGGUUAACUUCGCUGGCUUCCUCAUUCCGGGAUACUACUCUCUCCAGGCUUUGUUUACAACCACAAAGACGGAUGAUACUCAGUGGUUGACGUACUGGGUUGUCUAUGCCUGCCUGACUGUUGUUGAGAGCGCUAUCAGUGCUGCCUAUUGGUUCCCAUUCUACUAUAUGUUCAAAUUUGUUCUUAUUCUGUGGAUGGCUCUUCCCCAGACUAGCGGCGCACAACUUGUCUUCCAUUCCUUCCUUCAGCCAGUCUUUUCCCGGUAUUUCACCAGUGGAUCUACUGCCUCCAACCUCCGCUCCCAGGCAGACCAGGCCACCAAGCCCCACUCGUCCUAAAACCAUGUCGAAAACAGAAAGAGAACGGUUGGUCCGGAAUUGAAAGGCGACAUAAAAAUUUCUCGGCUCUUCGUUUACGGUACCCAUGCGACUGAACUUCUGCCGCCAGCAGCUUGACUAGUUUUUUAUGUCUCCUUUCAACACCCGCUAGUUUUAUGAGACAUGAUAUAUAAGGUUUUUGUCAACAAAAUUGUAUCAGUGGAAGGGUUUCUUGUGCACAAUGCGGUUCUCUAUAUGUAGCAACCUCCCCCAUAUACUGAGAACUGCAAAAUUCGGUCCUCCUUUUUUUUUCGUUAUUUUUGUUAUUGUUCGUUUAGAUUGUUUUUGAGGAGCGUCGGUAUGAACGUCACGGAAUAUGGGGUGGCGAGUGAGGGGCAGAAGGAUCGGGGAUCCUGGGGGGCUCGUGUAACUCAUUUUUUUUUUGUUUCUUCUGUCUUCCGGUUCCCUUUUUUCCUUUAGGCAUUCAUAUUCAUAUUUUUCCAUCCUUUCGCUUCUCCUUUUAUGAUCCGUACUUUUCCCUGAAUUGUGAUAUAUACUAUUGGCCCCUGAUUCAAUAAUAUCGUUUCCCGUUUUUAUGGCUGCUGCCCCUGGGACGAUAGAAUAAUAGCAGGGAGCGAGAGAGUGGGACGACAUCGCUCUCUUCUUCCUUCUUGGGCGGGGGUUGUUCAGCUGGAGGAACCCCCUCUUAACUCCGUUGCGUGUUGAACGCUCAGCUUCCCGCUUUGACAAAAACCGGCGGUUACAGAUGAUAGGGGGUAAGGUAGGGUCUGUUUGCUUAAUCGCGACCCUGGGGAGAGGGGGGGGUUGCGCGGGAAUGUAGAGGAAAAACAUUUGGUGUAUCUUUGACGUGGGAAUGACUGCCACCGAUCACUUCGCACAUCGGAUCCGCAGAAACCUUGGAAGGCAGGGGGGGGGGGAUUGAGGGACUCAAUAGAGCCCAAACUUAUUGCCCCAACUGUCCAACUUGGGAUUCAGCACGAUCUGAUACGGGAACGGAUUCGAGUCGCUCGUGGUAAUAGGCGGGAUGUGAUCUUUGUCUUUAUUGACGAUAGCAACGAUUUUAAAUGCGGCCUUUUGCAGCAUUUUCUCCAUGGCUUUGCGGACUUUUGCGCGAUCUAGUUAACCGGGGGAAGAAUUGAGUUGAGUAUAUAUAUUAGUUUUCCAAGCGUUUGUAAACAAAGGGGGGACCAAGAAGAAAGUAGCACAUACCCGACUCCGUCCGCGGCGUCGCAAUCGUAACAUCAACCGUCCAAAUCUCCCAACAUACCUCCUCCUCAUUCAUUCCCCCACCUUCCCUACCACCACCACCACCACCACCACCGCUCCCCCCAGCACCCCCCCUCCCCGCCAACCCGCCCACAAGCCACCUCCCUCCCCCAACAAGCCCGGCCCCAAACCCCAACGGCCCCGCACUAGCCUUCCUCCUCCUCUUCUCGAAAAACUGCACAGCAAUGCGCCCUCGCACGCCGCCAUUGGGCGAAUUGGCCGACGACGAUAGAUGCUGGCGGAUCAGGGAGUUGACGCGGGCGUCGAUGAGGGUUUCGAGCUCGACGUCGCUAAUGGCGGGGAGGGUGAGGUUUAGGACGUCGAAGGAGGUGGGGCGGAUGCAGGGGAAGUAGCGGUGGAAGAAGAUUGUGUGGAGGAUGCCUGUUGUUUGUUGUUUGUUGUUAGUUUGUUAGUGAGGUUUUAUAUAUAUAUAUAUAUAUAUAUUUAAGUGGGGGGUUUGUUAGGGGGAAGGAGUUGUAGGAGGAGGGUGAAGAACAUAUUCUGUGUGCUGUGCUGUGGUAUUCAGACGGGUAUAUAUACGCACCUUUCACAAUAUCCUUAACGGAAGUGGGAUCAGCGAAGACCUCGAGGAUAUACUCUGGAGGCUUGCGAGGAUCCGUCUUUGGCGACAACAUGGUUAACUAUUUGUUUUCUUUCCGUUUUCCGUUUUCCUUCUUUCUCCCACUCGAUCCUUGUUAUACAAUCUAAUAUAUAUCUUGGUUCUCCCCCCUUUUUUAUUCUUUUUUUUUUUUGCUCUUCUCCGUGCGUUUUGCGUAGGGAUGCUUUUCUUCCUUUCGAACGAUUGUCCGCGAAUGUUAAUAGAUGUCCAUGUGCGGAAGACAGAAAUGCGAUUGUGGGAGGUGGAGCGGGGAAAACGAGGAUGUCAUUAGUGUGAAGCACAGACUGCGGAAGGGGUUUUUUUUUUUCUUUUU